AUGUCGGAAGGGGAGAGUAAGGACAGCUCCGGCAGCGAGUGUCCCGUGUGCUAUGAGAAGUUCCGUGAUCUGGAGGGCGCCAGCCGGACGCUGAGCUGUGGCCAUGUGUUCUGCCAUGACUGCCUAGUCAAGUACCUACUCUCCACCCGCGUGGACGGGCAGGUCCAGAGGACCAUUGUCUGCCCCAUCUGCCGUUACGUCACCUUCCUCAGCAAAAAGAGCUCCCGCUGGCCCUCCAUGCUGGACAAGAGCUCCCAGACCCUGACUGUGCCAAUGGGCCUGCCCUCUGGGCCACCAUCAGACACCCUGGGCCACACAAACCCCCUGGCCAUCUCCCAACCUGUCUGGAGACCAUCCCCAAGUCAGAGUGGCCAGCUCCCCUUGGACCUGCUGCCCAGCCUGCCCCGGGAGCCACAGAUCUUCAUCAUCAGCCGCCAUGGGAUGCCUCUGGGGGAACAGGACAGUGUCCUGCCGCGGCGCAGCCUGGCAGAGCUCUCUGAGGCAUCCCCGGCACCCAGCUCCACCCGGUCAUUCUGCUGCCGCUCCCGGGCCCUCCUGCUCAUCACCCUCAUCGCUGUGGUGGCUGUGGUAGCCGCCAUCUUGCCCUGGGUGCUGCUGGUGAGGAAGAAGGCAUGA